AUGAUAGUUCAAAACAAAGAAAACAGUGCAUACCAUUCAAGAAUUACAAGUCCAUCCUGUAAUGAAAGCAUUAAAAUAGACUGUUGUUUUCCAUUCCUAUCCCUCUUUAGGAGAGAUAAAGGAAAAUAUUUGCACUAUGAUUAUGAUAUCUUAAGAGGCGGGUUUUAUUAUGAAGAUAAUAAAGAUUCUAAGAGCAAAAACCUAUUUAGCAAUAAUAAAAAAAGAUUAUCCAUAGAAAAAAAGGCGAUAUUUAAUGAUGAUGAAAUCACGAUUACUUCAGAUGAACCAAAUCCCAGCUUCUGCCAACCUCGAAAGUAUGAUUCAACAAACGUAUUGAAAAAAUUAAGAGAAUUAAUGAUAGAAAAUGGGAUUGAUGUUUAUAUAAUUCCAUCGGAAGAUGAACAUCAAUCAGAGUAUAAAUCUGGGUCUGAUAAAAGAAGAGAAUUUAUAUCUGGUUUUACUGGAUCUAAUGGGAUUGCUGUUGUAUCAUUGAAUAAUGCAGCGUUAUCCACCGAUGGUAGAUAUUUCUUGCAAGCAGAAAGUCAAUUGGAUUCAAAUUGGUUCUUAAUUAAACAAGGUGUUAAAGGAUAUUUAAGUUGGGAAGAUUGGGCGAUUCAUGAAUGUUCAAAGAGUGAUUCGAAUGAUAGAAAAGUAAUUUCAGUGGAUCCCAAACUAAUUUCAAUAACUACAGGAGAUCAUUUGAAGUUGAAAUGUUUAAAUUCUAGAAUUGAAUUUAAACCACUUAUGAAUAAUUUAACUGAUGGGGUUUGGGGAGAUAAGAAACCCUUACGAUCAUUAAUACCGAUUUUUAAAUACGAUCUAGAAUACUCUGGUGAGGAAGUUUCUUCUAAGAUAUCAAGAGUUCGAAAUAUAUUAAAGAUUAAGGAAUCAUUUGGGAUUGUUAUAAUUGCAUUAGAUGAAAUAGCUUGGUUGUUGAACUUAAGAGGAGUGGAUGAUGUGCCAUAUAUCCCAGUUUUCUUUUCAUAUGUUAUAUUAACGUUGGAUAAAUUAUAUUUCUAUAUUAAUGAGAAGAAGGUUACUGAUGAUGUAAGAAAGUAUCUAAAUGAUCAGAUUGGAGACGGUGAAUAUGAGAUUAAGAGGUAUAACAAGAUUUGGGAUGAUUUGGCACUGAUUUGUUUUAGCAACGAUAAUGACAAGUUGUCGAUUAUAUUGCCAAUUAAUAGUACAUUUGCAUUAUUUAAUUCAUUAAGAGGAUUUGAAAAAUAUAAAUUUAGUAAUGAUAUUGAAGUAUUGAAAUCUAUCAAGAAUGGUGUUGAAUUGAAAGGAAUGCUUAAUUCUAAUUUAAAGGAUUCGAUUGCAUUAAUUAGGUAUUUUGCAUGGUUGGAAGAACAAUUGAUUAGAUUUAAAAAGACAGAUAUAAAUGAAUAUGAGGGUGGGGUUAAAAGUGAAAGUUUUCGAAGUGAAAUGGAGGAUUAUAAAGGGUUAUCAUUUGAGACUAUAUCAUCUACAGGAGCCAAUGCAUCAAUAAUUCAUUAUUCUCCAAGUUUUGAGGUUAAUUCUAUUAUUGAUGGAGAGAAAAUAUAUCUUUGUGAUUCAGGAGGACAGUAUUUUGAUGGUACAACCGAUAUAACUCGAACUAUGCAUUUUAUGAGACCUAGCGCAGAAGAGAAAAAAACAUAUACAUUGGUAUUAAAGGGACAUAUAUCAGUGGCCAGCGCUGUUUUUCCUCAGGGAACUACAGGGGGCGUUUUAGAUAUAUUAGCUAGAAGGCCACUUUGGGAGUAUGGACUAGAUUAUAGACAUGGCACUGGGCAUGGAAUUGGUUGUUUUAAUAAUAUUCAUGAGGGGCCAGUAGGAAUUGGAGCCGGAGAAAGAUAUGGGGGUAUACUACAAGCAGGAAAUGUUAUAUCAGAUGAACCAGGGUAUUAUAAAGAUGGAGAAUUUGGGAUACGAAUUGAGAGUGAUCUUGAGAUAAUAGAAUGGGAAGAUCAUAAAGGUAAUAAUGGAUUGAAUUAUUUGAGGUUUAAAUAUUUAACAAUGGUGCCAAUGUGUCAAAAAUUGAUUGAUAGAAAAUUGUUGAGUAAGUUUGAGAAAAGAUGGCUUAAUGAGUUUCAUAGCAAGUGUCGAGAGAUGGUGUUACCGCAUUUGGAGGCAUUGAGAGAUGAACGAGCGAUUCAAUGGUUAGUUCGAGAGACAACAGCAUUGUGA